CAGUGUAGUCCGAUUUACAGACUAGAGCAGCGGCUGCAUCCUGAAUUUCCCUGAAAUAUUAAACGAUCUCAACUCCUUGCAAACUUUAUUGUCUUUGUUGCACCGAGUCCGAAAUCAAUAUGCAGAGCAAGGACAAAAUUAUAUGCAUCAGAUUUCUCUUGUGGUUUCUUUUCCUCUGUGUGCUUAUCAAGAAGUCACACACUGAAGAAGACAUCAUAAUUACAACUAGGAAUGGAAGAGUCAGAGGCAUGACCUUGCCAGUUCUUGGUGGCACAGUAACAGCCUUUCUUGGAAUUCCCUAUGCACAACCACCUCUUGGUAGACUUCGAUUCAAAAAGCCACAGUCUCUGACAAAGAGGUCUGAUGUUUGGAAUGCCACAAAAUAUGCAAACUCUUGCUAUCAGAACAUAGAUCAGAGUUUCCCAGGCUUCCUUGGAUCAGAGAUGUGGAACCCAAACACGGACCUUAGCGAAGACUGCCUAUAUCUAAAUGUAUGGACCCCCAUGCCUAAACCAAAAAAUGCUACUGUAAUGGUAUGGAUUUAUGGUGGUGGUUUUCAAACUGGAACAUCAUCUUUGCAUGUUUAUGAUGGAAAAUUUCUGGCUCGGGUGGAAAGAGUUAUUGUAGUGUCAAUGAACUAUAGGGUGGGUGCCCUAGGAUUCUUAGCUUUACCAGGAAAUCAUGAGGCACCAGGGAACAUGGGCUUAUUUGAUCAACAAUUGGCACUUCAGUGGGUACAAAAAAAUAUAGCAGCCUUUGGUGGAAAUCCUAAAAGUGUAACUCUCUUUGGAGAAAGUGCAGGAGCAGCUUCCGUUAGCCUUCAUUUACUUUCUCCUAGAAGCCACCCAUUUUUCACCAGGGCCAUUCUGCAAAGUGGAUCCUCUAAUGCCCCUUGGGCAGUAAUGUCUAUCUAUGAAGCUAGAAAUAGAACAUUGACCUUAGCUAAAUUUCUUGGUUGUUCAAGAGAAAAUGAGACUGAGAUAAUUAAAUGCCUUCAAAAUAAAGAUCCCCAGGAAAUUCUUCUGAAUGAAGUAUUUGUUGUCCCCUAUGAGUCUCUUUUGUCAGUAAAUUUUGGCCCAACAGUGGAUGGUGAUUUUCUCAUUGACAUGCCAGACACACUACUCCAGCUUGGACAAUUCAAAAAAACCCAGAUCAUGGUGGGCGUUAAUAAAGAUGAAGGAACAGCUUUUUUGGUAUAUGGAGCUCCUGGGUUCAGCAAAGAUAACAACAGCAUCAUAACUAGAACACAGUUUCAAGAAGGUUUAAAAAUAUUUUUUCCUGGAGUGAGUGACUUUGGAAAAGAAUCAAUCCUUUUCCAUUAUACAGAUUGGUUAGAUGACCAAAGACCUGAACAUUACCGGGAGGCCUUAGACGAUGUUGUUGGAGAUUACAAUAUCAUAUGCCCUGCCUUGGAGUUCACCAGAAGGUUUUCAGAACUAGGAAAUAAUGCCUUUUUCUACUACUUUGAACACCGAUCCUCCAAACUUCCUUGGCCAGAAUGGAUGGGGGUGAUGCAUGGUUAUGAAAUUGAGUUUGUCUUUGGUUUACCUCUGGAAAGAAGAGUUAACUACACAAAAGCUGAGGAAAUUUUGAGUAGAUCCGUAAUGAAACGCUGGGCAAAUUUUGCAAAAUAUGGGUAAGUGCUGGUUUUGUAAUUGUUCUUUAGGGUUUGUUUUGUUUGGUCUUGGGUGUACACUUCAUUAAUAGCACAGAUGAGGUAUAAUUUCUUAUUUUCUUUUUUCCUAUGCUGGUUUUGCUUUUUAUAUGUAAUGAAUUUCAAUAUCUUGUAUCAGAAGUGCUUAAAAGUCAUCAUAGAAACUUUAGGAAAAAUAUUUUCUGAUUUCAUCUCCAAAAUCUGCAAAGUACUUAACCAUAUUAGCCUAAUAUCCUAUGUAAAUCUAUGUUUAUCUUGAGAACUCAAAUUACUGUGACCAUGGUUUUUACCUCCAAAUUUAUAAUGUUCACAGGUUUAGGAAAGUGUGGGAAUAUAUCUUCUCUUCUUGCUCUUAUGCACUGGUAUAGUGGUCCCUGAUACAUGAGAAAACACAUAUCUGCUCUAGAAAAGGAAAGGGCAAGAUAGUGAUGGAGUUGGGUUUCAGGUUGCCCAAGAUGCACAGUUUGCCAUUUUAUCAUUUAUUUUUCUAGUAGGUUUGUUCAGAGCUCUCCAGUUACUCA